GGAAAUAACCUAACUUCAACUCAGAAGCCGGUGGCACAGCGCGCAGGGCCGUGCAGGUUAUCAUCAGAAAGUGAUGAUGAAUACAGUCAAAGCUGUGAAAAACGCGGCGGUUUGUUUCGUCCUGCUGCCCCGCUUCCUCAUGGCAGCUGUAGUUUUCUGGCUGCUGGACUUCUUGUGCAUCAGGAAGAGGUUUUUCUUCAGGGUGAAGGAGCAGGGAGGCGAUGCCAUUGAUCCUCCAGUGUGCAUUUCGGACUCCAACCGGCUCUUCAGCUUGGAGUCGCUGAAGGCCGUCUGGCACGGCCAGAAGCUGGACUUUCUGAAAGCGGCGCACCUCGGACGCGGAGCGCCCAACACCGAAGUUGUGCGCCUGGAGGACCGGCAGCACUCCCGCAUCCUGGACUUUGCGCACGGCGACCGGCCGCUCAUCCUCAACUUCGGCAGCUGCACCUGACCGCCGUUCAUGGCGCGCCUGAAGGCUUUCCAGGAGGUCGCGCAGCUGAACGCGGACAUCGCGGACACCGUGGUGGUGUACAUCGAGGAGGCGCAUCCGUCCGACGGCUGGACGAGCACCGACGCGCCCUACCAGAUCCCGACGCACCAGAGUCUGGAGGAGCGGCUGAGCGCGGCGCACCUGAUCCACCUGGAGGUGCCCGGCUGCCGGGUGGUGGCGGACAACAUGGAGGACUCCUCCAGCGCCGCGUACGGGGCGUAUUUCAACAGACUGUACGUCCUGCACCGGGGCACGGUGGCGUACCAGGGCGGCCGGGGACCGGAGGGUUACCGGGUCUCAGAGCUCAGAGCCUGGCUGGACCAACACCGGAAAGCGCUGCAAAAAACUGAGAGCAGUCUGGCUUUAAACGUGUAAAAUAACUCUGUUUUUCUCUUUGCAUCUAUAGUUAAAGCGUAUUUAUUAUUAUUUUUGUAUUAUUAGAGUUUUGUGAAGACUCGGAGCGGCGCGCAUCUCUCGGUAUUGUUGUGAAGUUCGGUUUUUAAAUGGCUGCAGUCCAGGAAACCGGUGCUGAUGUUUUUGUACCAGUGGAUCAGCUGCUCUGCUCUCAGUCUUGCAUGCGUAUUUCUCUAAAAAUAUUUUUGUUUUAAUGAUAUAUUUUUUUAGCUUUCUGUUUCUUUUUAUUCUCACACAGAUUUAAUUAUUGUUGCCUAUCUUGUAUUUUGAUGUUUAUGCAGAAGACAAAGGAUCAGAUUUCCUCUAAAAUAAAGCACAACCUACCCGCA